AUGUCUCAAUCUAAUAUCGAAGGGCAAAAGAAGGCGGUUGCGGUAUCCGCUGCAGUCCAGCAAAGUGACAACAUGGCACAUGCAUUGGCGGGCGCUGGAGGCGGUAUUCUGUCGAUGCUCUUGACUUACCCGCUGAUAACCCUCUCAACGAGAGCGCAAGUCGAGUCCAAGCGUGCCCAUUCCACGACGUACGACGCUAUACGCCGCAUCAUUCAACGAGAGGGGGUUUCGGGGCUCUAUUCCGGCCUUGAAUCUGCGCUUUUUGGCAUCAGUGUCACGAACUUCGUCUACUACUACUGGUACGAAUGGACGCGCUCGGCUUUCGAAAAGGCGGCUGCGCGGGCUGGGCGGUCCUCAAAGAAGCUCACAACGUCGGAGUCAAUGAUCGCGGGGGCCAUCGCUGGGAGUGCGACAGUCCUCAUCACAAACCCAAUAUGGGUUGUAAACACUAGAAUGACAGCCCGCAAGUCCGAGUCGGAGCAAGAAACAUUGCCAGGGGCUCCCUCCAAGAAGUCGCGGGCAUCCACAAUCAGUACAUUGAUGGACUUGCUCCGGCAGGAGGGGCCCAAGGCCCUCUUUGCUGGUGUUCUUCCGGCUCUUAUAUUGGUUAUCAACCCGAUCCUACAGUACACAAUCUUUGAACAGCUGAAGAAUAUUCUGGAGCGUCGUAGACGUAUGACGCCAAAGGAUGCGUUCUAUCUUGGGGCUCUUGGUAAGAUACUGGCAACUUCGAUUACCUAUCCUUAUAUCACAGUGAAGAGCCGCAUGCAUGUUGCCAGUAAAGAUGGUCCUAAAGAAAGUUUGAACGGGAGUUUGAAGAGAAUUGUUAAAGAAGAGGGUUUUGUGGGUCUGUACAGAGGCAUUGGGCCGAAGGUCACACAGAGCGCCAUUACUGCAGCGUUCUUGUUUGCAUUCAAGGAUGUUCUUUAUGACCUUAUGGUCUCUCUACGGAAGAGGAACCGAGCAAUUUCCAAGUAA